CUGUUGCCCGACACCGCCCUUCCGCUGUGUUGCGGCUCUGCGAAAUGGCGGCGCCCGGGGGGCGGCGGUUGCUGUGGACCGGCCGACGCUGGCUGUCGCAGGCGGAGCCCGCCGUCUCCCCACAGCCCCCCGACUCGUUCUACCCGCCUAUCGUGGCUUCCGCCACGGCCAAGAGCAAAGCGGCCAAGCGGCGGCGCCUGGAGCACUUCAAGCAGCGGGUGCACGCGGCGCCGUCAAUCGAGGAGAAGCUGCGGCUGUACGGGCUGCUGCAGCGGCCCAAGUAUGUGGUUUACCCGCAGACCUUCGCUCUCAACGCCGACCGGUGGUACCGGAGCUUCACCAAGACCGUCUUCGUGCCGGGGCUGCCCCCGAGAACGGCGUCGGCAGCCGCCAAAGCCCCGGCAGCGACGGAGGUGACCGCCGAGGCCGGGACAGCCCCGCAGCCCGGAGCGGAGGCACCGGCGCCCGCCAGAACCGCGGCGGCGGCGGCGGCGGCGGGAGCGGCGCCGUACCUGGACGUGCGCGAGCUGCGCGCCCUGGCCUGCGACGCGCUGCUGCAGGAGAGCUUCUACCAGCACAAGAGGCGGCCGGUCCUCUACCGGAGUCAGGAGCACACGCCCGGGCCGUUCCUCACGCAGCUCGUCUCCAGCCUCGCCGCCUCCCUGUGCGGCCGCAACCCCCUGCUGGCCGCCUCCUCCCUCGAUCUAAAACCUGAAGUUAACUAUUACUGGCAUCACGGGGAGGAAGUUGUUGUUCACGGACAUCGAAAGGGUAGAGUUGAUCCUGUGCGAUUUCAGAUUGAUGAUAACCCGUACCUUCAGAUCCGUGUACCAAAGCAACUUCCAGAGGUUGUACCACUGGAGUCAGAUCUUGGAGAUGUUCCUGUUAUUGAUCACAAACCAUCCAAACUGCCGUUAUUUAAAAGGCAGUAUGAAAACAAGGUGUUUAUAGGAUCAAAGGUAGCAGAUCCAUGCUGUUAUGGACACACACAGUUUCAUCUUAUUCCUGAUAAACUAAAACGGGAGAGGCUUGUAAAAGCAAAUCUUGAGGAUCAGAUUGAAGUUGUUUAUCGAGCUAAUGGUAUUGCAAGUCUGUUUGCCUGGACAGCAGCACAAGCAAUGUACCAAGGAUUCUGGAGUGAAGCAGAUGUGACCCGUCCUUUUGUAUCGCAGGCGGUAGUGACUGAUGGAAAAUACUUUGCGUUCUUUUGUUACCAGCUAAAUACUUUAGCACUAACUGUAGAAACGAUUCAGAAUAACCCUCGGAAGAAUAUCUGUUGGGGUACAGAGAGUAAGCCAUUAUAUGAUGUAGUAGAAGAUGGUAGUGUGAAAGGCUUUAAUGAUGAAGUUUUGCUUCAGUUGGUUCGUUUUCUGUUAAACAGACCAAAAGACUUGUAAACCAUUAAACAAUAAAGUAUUCCUGUUCGUGUGCCUGAACUUCAUUGUAACUCCAUGAAGUAUGGGCUAGUAUAUGCCUUGUUCUUAGCCAAGUGUUUGUCUAGCAAAUACUAUAUACGUAUUUUGUGACAUUUGGGCCUUUUACUUCAUUUUAAAUGAAUGAUGCUGUACACUGAAAAAUAAAUGGCUAGAAUACCUUGA